CAUUUCCCAAUGACUUGUAUAGCCAAAGGUGGCGGUUCUUGCUUGACAAAACACGACUCUAUCUCGUUUCAGUAAGCGUACCGAUUGCGUGACAUGCCCCCAAAACGAAACACCAUGUAGCGAAUCAAGAUCAUAUCUUAAUUCAUAACAAGACCGCGACUUGAGUUCACGCGUAGGAGAGCGGUUAAAUUAUACCUACCAAUAUUAUAAAAUAAAAAAAACUCUACCAACACGUAAUAAAAACCGGCUUACGUUCAAAACCUUGUUUUAAAAGUUAUCAUUGAUAUAGCAUUGAUUACGAAGUUAAUUUUGGCAAGUGACUGGUUUUCAGUGAGUGUGUUUACCUUGAAAACUUUGUAAGUGUAUAUUUUUAAUAAAGCAAAUAAAAAUAAAAGUGACAUAAUGGGCAAGGAAUUAUUUUUUGAAUUCAAUGAAAAUCAAAAAGAAAAUGUCCGUAAGGAGCUUGGAUACAAUAGUGACGAGGAAGUGGAUAAGGCCCUCGACACUUUGGAAGACUGGAUUUCUAAGCAGAGUCACUUCGUUGUGAAAAAAUUCGACAGACAAUAUCUAGAGAGGCAUCUGAUGGCAUCCAAAGGCUCGUUGGAAAGACUGAAGAAGCACUUGGAUAAAUUAUGUACUUUCCGCACGCUGCUGCCUGAGUACCUGGUCGAUAUGGACGUGGAGAAGGACUUUCAGGACUACCUGUCUUUAGGGUACAAUGGAAUAUUGCCAAAACCAACUCCAGAACAUUAUAGAGUGUGCUUCUCCAAGUUUUAUACCGAAAAUUAUGACAAAUUCUCUGUUGUUGACUUUUAUAAAUACAUGAAUUUGAUUGUCCACUACAUACUUCACUACGACUACUGCAUAGGAACGGUAAUGAUUAUUGACUUCCAACAUGUCAACAUGAGCCUCCUCACGAAGGUUAAUCCGGUGAUUAUACAAAGAGGAAGAUCCAUUAUUAUUGACGGCUUCGGAAUGAGACUGAAGGGAAUUUACAUUAUAAACUCUUCGAAGUUUCUGGAAUCUCUAGUAUCACUUAUUAAGCAAGGCUUGACGGCGAAAUUGCGAGAUCGUCUGCACGUUCUCAGUGAUCCUGAAUCAUUGCACAAAUUCUUUCCAAAGAGGAUCUUACCAUCUGAUUACGGUGGCGAAGAGAAAUCUUUGGCUGAAAUUCAUGAAAUAACAUUUAAAGCCUUCAAGUCGGAGGGUAACAUUAAGAAAAUGAAAGAAGCAGACAAGGCGAAGACCGACGAAGCCUUCAGAGAUUCAACCAAGUUCAGUGAAGAAAUGUUGGGAAUGCCUGGCUCUUUUAAAAUGCUAAGUGUCGAUUAAUUUAUUUUUUAUUGGUUUUUAUAAUUUAUGUGAAAAAAAAAUCAUAUUUUUUUAGUAAGUACCUAUAAAUA